AGAUAUUGAUACUGAUUCCGUUAUAUAAGAAGAAAUUAACCAAUUACAAACAUCAAUCCAAAGAAAAAGAAAAGGGAUCGGAUUUCAACUGGAUCUCAAUGGUGGUGGAAAGAGUUCAAGUCAUUGCCUCUAACAGCAGAGACAGAGACAGAGACAUCAUCCCUGAAGAAUUCAUCAGAUCGGAGCAGGAGCAGCCUGCUCUCACCACCGUCCAUGGGCUCGACGCCGGCAUACGGGUGAUUGAUAUGAGCGACCCAGAUCAAGAAAAGGUCAAUAAUCUGGUCGUCGAAGCAAGCGAGGAAUGGGGGAUGUUCCAAAUCGUUAACCAUGGCAUACCCAGCGAGGUGAUAAUGAAAUUACAGAAUGUGGGUAAGGAUUUUUUCGAGCUUCCGCAAGAAGAGAAAGAAGUUUAUGCUAAACCACCAGGUUCUAAAGAAGGCUAUGGAACAUUUCUUCAAAAAGAAGUGGACGGCAAGAAAGCUUGGGUUGAUCAUUUGUUCCAUAAGAUAUGGCCUACUUCCUCCAUCAACUACCAGUUUUGGCCUAAAAAUCCACCUUCUUACAGGGAGGCCAACGAGGAGUACGCAAAGCACCUGCAGAAGGUCGCGGACGAACUCAUGAAGAUCUUGUCAUUAGGGUUAGGACUUGCAGAGAAUGAACUAAAGGAGGCAGUGGGUGGGGAGAACUUAGAAUUUCUACUAAAAAUAAACUAUUAUCCACCUUGUCCACGCCCAGAUUUGGCUCUUGGGGUGGUGGCUCAUACUGACAUGUCCUCCAUUACCAUUCUUGUACCUAACGAUGUGCAGGGCCUCCAGGUCUCUAGAGAUGGUAAAUGGUAUGAUGUCAGCUAUAUCCCAAAUGCCCUAGUCAUCCAUAUUGGUGACCAGCUCCAGAUUUUAAGCAAUGGGAAGUAUAAGAGUGUGCUUCACAGGAGCACAUUGAACAAAGACAAGGUAAGAAUGUCAUGGCCAGUGUUCCUGGAGCCGCCGUCGGAGUUCAGCGUAGGUCCUCACCCCAAGCUCAUUAAUGAAGAGAAUCCACCCAAGUACAAGACCAAAAAGUUUGGUGAUUAUUGCUAUUGUAAGCUCAACAAGAUUCCCUUUUAGUUAUUACAUUGAUAGAUAAAAACCUUGUGUACUAUUUUAAUCUCUAGCAACUCUUUGAAGCUUAUGUGUUUGUAGUCAUCGGUUCACAAGUGGUUGGAACCAUGGUUUGGGCUAUCAUGCUCUGGUUCAUUCUUGGCUCUAUCCACCGCACCAUCAAAAUUAAUUUUGAUAAACACUUGGGGAGGUGUCAACUCCUUUGAAAAUGAAUAUAUAUGCUGUAUAAAUAUAAAUAUGAAUUCUGAAAAGGGAUUUAUUUUAUUGUUUGAUAAACAAAAGAAAAUUUUCUCGGUUCU